AUGUCUCAACAACACACUCCAAGGCUCAUUCUUCAUUUUGAUGUCAAUAAAACCAUCAUCAUAUCUGAUGAAGCAGCUGGAAAAACCAUGGAUGAUAUCAUUAAUCAAAUUGUAAUGUCCAGCAUUUGGGGAUAUGUUUCCGAGACCAAUGAUUCUAAAGAUUUUGUGGUGCUUCAGUGGAAACUUUACAGCAGUGCCAAAGCCCUUUUAGAAAAUUCAUCAUUGGAAAUUCCAUCUGGAAAGAAAAUUAUAAAUUAUUACGAUUACAUUGAAAAAGUAUUGUAUCCCUAUCCAGAACAUGACGAAUCUGUGCCAUUGGAAGAGAGAAAACGAAUCAAUGGACGGAUUAAAGAGGAGCGUACGAAAAUGGUGAAAAAUUUUACACGGUGUAAAAUGGCAGAUGACUUUCUAGAUGACAUUGCACGAUUGAAGAAGGAACUCAUUAGAAAGAGUUCAAAACAACAAGGUAUCACUUUGGAAACAGCAAAAGCAAGCGACUAUGUCAAUAUUGUUCCUGCUUUCUUUGAAGUGCUGUUGGAGUUAUUCAAGAGAAAGAGAGAUUUUCAGUUGAUCAUUCGAACAUAUGGUUCGUUGAAAGAUAUUUCAUCAGUCAUUAAGGAAAUUAAUACAUUUUGCAGAGGUGAACACAUUGACUAUCCAUUGAGUAAUGAAGAACGAGAAUUUUUUAAAAACAAACAAAUUGAUAUGGAUCAAGAUCAUGCUGUUGGUCAUAUUUAUAGAAAUGAUGAAACCACGUGCCAUUUGAUUGAAAAUUCUCUUGAAUUCAAACAAGAAAUGCUUAAAUUUGCACCCAUUGAUCAAAUGACAUUUUCAGAAAAAGAACAUGUGAUUAGUGGAUUUGAAAACAUUUACAAGAAUAUUAUAGAGGUUUCAAAAUAUGGUCAAACACGAUUAAUACGUGAUUUCUAUUAUUGGUGGAAUGUCAACAAUGAAAAAACAAGUGCUGGAAAGAUAUUUCUUGUUGAUGAAAAAGACACUUCCUGUUUCCAAAUUUUCUUUGAUGACAAUGUUGCCUCAAAUUCUGACUUUCCAAUUAAGGGUAUUUUAGAUUUGAGAAACCCACACUCUGGAAAAACCUUAGAUCAAGAAUUGUAUUUACAUGUUCACACUGUCCAAGCGUAUGCUUUUGAUUUCAUUACCAACCGAAAUUACUACAUUGAAAAGAUUGAUCGAGCUGAAUUGUUGAAAAAGAAAAUGUUGAACAUGGAAUAA